CACGGGCUUCAUAUACAUAUGCCCUUUUAAUUUGUUGCAUACUCUUGUAUAUAGCGGGAGCAGAGUGCUUUCGGUCAAGACGGAGCCAAAAAAUGCAUGAAUUCAAGUAUGAAGAACUUGUUCAAGCAACUGAAAACUUCUCUCAAUCGCGACUUGUCGGUAAAGGGAGCCAUGGCCAUGUUUACAGAGGCAUUCUGAAGAGAAAUGGUUGCGAACAUGAUCAGCUUGUGGCCGUAAAGAAGCAAUCACUAGGCCUUCAAAAGCUUCGAGACAAUUCGAAACUCGAAAAUGAAGUGAACAUCUUAUCAUCACUGUCCCAUAAUCCAUACGUGAUCAACCUUCUUGGCAUCAGUCAUGACUCUUCCAACAACAAAGUUCUUGUCAUGGAAUACAUGCCUAAUGGAACCCUUCAUGAAAUGCUCCGCAGCCCCGUUGGGGCGUCCUCCUGUCCCCCGCCAACAUGGCCUAAACGCGCCCAAAUAGCUCUCCAGAUAGCCAAAGCCGUGCAGUUUCUUCAUGAAGCAAGGCCACCAAUUGUCCACAGGGACAUUAAAUCAGCCAACAUUUUGUUCGACUCGGAUUGGAAUGCUAGGUUGGCUGAUCUUGGGCUUGCGAUUAGAAUGAAUCAUGACUCCCUGAACUGGCAAAUUGACUCACUGAACCGACCAGCCGGGACUAUCGGUUACCUGGACCCUGCUUAUACCGUUCCUAGCAAGUUAAGCACCAAAAUUGACGUAUUCAGCUUUGGAGUGUUAUUGCUGGAAAUUAUUUCUGCCAGGAAAGUGAUGGAUGUUUCGAGAUCACCAUCUUCAAUUGUUGAGUGGGCAAUUCCAUUGAUCCAAAAGGAUCAGAUUGUGGAAAUAUCUGAUGGAAGGGUCCCUAUUUCGCGAUUUACAGACGGCCUGAUUAGGAACAUGCUGAGCAUUGCUAGAAGGUGUAUAAAUUUUGGAGAAACUGAUCGCCCGUCAAUGGGAGAAAUUGUCAGCGAGUUGGAGAACUGCAUUGUUGAACCGAUUAGAUUUCCACUAUGGAUGAAUCUCCUAAGGAGUCUCAUUCACAGGAAAAACGGUUCCAGCAAGAGCAAGACUACAGCUAGAGCUGCAACCAGUAUUGUCUGUGCACCACAUCAAGAAAAUGGUCAUGCUGAAAUUUCAAGAGGGAAAUUGUUGCUAAGGGAAAUAUUGGCUGAUAUUUCUUAAAA